AUGCAGCCCGAUGUCCAAGCUGCCGCCCUGAAGAACUUCCAGGAGACCCGUGACGCCUUCGUCAAGGGUCUUGAGGCCCUGUCCGGUGGAGAUAGAGGUGGACGAACCUUCUAUCAAAUCCAAUCCAACCUCUACAGACUCAUUAAUACUCUAUCUAUGUGGACACUGAUUCGAGAGGGCACCGAGAAGGAGGGCAAGUGUUUUGAAGCAAGAUGUCGGAAUUCGAUGGAUCUGAUUGACGACCUCAUCAGUAUGCUACAACUCGACUCCGACCUGGAAAACCGUGUCACACUCAAGCUUUUUGAUAUGGCUACUAUGCAAAUUGGAAGUCUAACCUUGGCCGGUUUCAGCAAUGUCGACAGGGAGGCAGUUUACAACGCCAAGAUGAUUGAAUCUGAGCAGGUCCGGUGGGAAAAGAAGGAAGUCUGGCAAGACUGUGCAAGACAAUCAUUGCUUCGCAGUUUCUGGAAUCGUUUCUAUUACAAGGGAGAUGGUUGCAUCUGUCGUCAAUGCAUGGACUACUAUCUGCCCAAGAGGGACCCCACCCCAUCCCCUCCUCUUUCUCCACUGCCCGAGACUGAUAUCGAUUCAUACGUGACUACCUCGAGCGAAGAAGAGUGA